AUGUCCGUAGAAGAGAAAUUUGAUGCUGCUUGCGAACUUUUGUGCAGAUUGGAUCCUACAAAGGUGAAGGCACAGAUACAAAACAUCAUUGCUUUGGAGCCUGAGAUCGCUGGUGACUUGCUUUCCACGAUAGAUGUACCUUUAACAGUGAAAAAGGAUCCAGAAGCUAAUAAUAAGGAGUUCUUAUGCUGUGAUUACAACCGUGAUAUUGAUUCUCAUAGAUCGCCAUGGUCCAACAAGUAUUUCCCGGAAUUGAGUGCAACCGAUUUGGAAGAGAGUCCUUUCCCAAGCGAGCCCUUGAGACAGCUGGAACUCACAUGCAAUGACUCUUUUGAGUUAUACAGAGACUUAUACUAUGAAGGUGGUAUCACCUCUACCUAUCUAUGGGACGUGGAUGAAUCGACUGAUUUUGCUGGUGUUGUUCUUUUCAAGAAGGCCGAAUCUGAUGACGCCAAAUGGGACAGUAUUCAUGUCAUCUCAGCCACUCACGAUGAAGAUGGUACCGAAGUUACUUACUCUAUCACAACAACAGUUAUCUUGCAUUUGGAAAAUAUGUCCAAAGAACAGCAAUUGUCCUUGUCUGGAAACUUGACAAGAGAAACCUCGAAGACCAUCAAAAUGAGAAACGUUACUACUGUUGAACAGAUAGUAAAUGCUCACUCUGCAAACUUGGGGUCCAUGGUGGAGGACAUUGAAUCAAAACUAAGAUCAAUGCUUGAAGUUGUCUACUUCGAAAAGACUCUUGACAUUUACAACGCUUUAAGGGAGAAUUCUAGCCAGUCUGAAAAGCUGCAAAAAGAACAGCAUUCAGAGUUGAUCGAAAAUCUUCAAAAGCUCUAG